GGAAAGAAUAGCUCGACUCGCUUUCGUUUCCUCUCGUUUCCUCGCAUCCGCCAGUGAUUCCAUCGCCCUCAGAGGAAGAUGAAGGCGAGCCGUUACACGAUCUGCGCUUUCUUCUUGUGCUUGGCCGGGUUCGAAGCGGGGCAGUCCAAGGUCUCGGAGGAUGGGUCGGGUCCUCUCAAUAUCGCCUCCUUCAACAUUCAGCGCCUCGGGAAAUCCAAGCUCAAAAAGUCUAACGUCGUCGACGUCAUCGUCCAGAUCCUAUCCAAUUACGACGUGGUAGCGGUACAGGAGCUGCUCGACGACAACGGGGAGAUUCUCAAUCCACUGGUGGAGAGGUUGAACCGAGUUUCCCCGGAACCAUACGAAGCCGUCGCCUCCGAUCGGAUCGGAUCAACCUCCUACAAAGAGAAAUACCUUUUCCUGUACAGGCCGAGUCGUGUGGAACUGCUCGAAGAGAGUCUCUAUCCGGACCAGGCUGGGGAAUUCGAACGACCUCCUUACGUCGUCACCUUCCGCACUCCCACCACCGAACUGAAGAAACUGAGUUUCAUCAACGUCCAUACGAAGCCAGAGAGAGCCGACUCGGAGAUCUCUGCCCUUGCUACUGUCUCUGACUGGGCCCUCUCCAAAACUAAAGUUCAGGACCAGAUCAUUUUGGGAGAUUUCAACGGAGGCUGCAGUUAUGUGACCGGGAAGGAAUGGGAAGCGAUCGAACUUCGAAGGAGAAAGGAGUUCCGUUGGCUCAUCCCAGAUCACGCGGACACCACGACCAAGGACACCGUCUGCCCCUACGAUCGGUUCGUGGCGCGGGGAGAGAAGCUGUGGAACGAAGUGGUGGAGGGGAGCGUCGGUAUCAGGCGAUUCGACACCGAAUUCGGCCUUACCGAAGCCGAACGGGAUGAUAUCUCCGACCACUACCCCAUUCACAUGAAGCUGAAGCCUUCGGCGGGACGAGAGAAGAAGGGCGAGGAGUAUUACGUGGAGGCGGGGGUGGAGGCUCGAGUCCAGAGCUCAUCCAUCACGAAACUCGUGAAGGCGGCAUCCUUCAGUCCCGCCGGAUUCCAGAUCGGAGUCUACCAUCUCGACAAGGCUCCUUCUCCCGCCCUUGUAGAGGAUAAUGGCAGGGAACCUGUCCUUUGA